AUGGCAGAGCAAUCAUUUGGAUACUACCCGCAUCCCUCCAGCUUCGACUCAUUCUCAAGUCUUCAGUAUAAUCAAUCGCCCUAUGAUACUGGAUAUAUUGGUCAUGACAACAACCCAUUUGCUGACACCAACUUUGUGGGUACUCAGCCGACUCCUCAGGACGAUGCUCCCAGCUGGUCGGGCUCUUUUUCUACUCCCCAGACGGACGGAAUAGCAUUCCAGCGACGGGGUGCAGUGUCAGAUGCCGUCCCUGAUCAAGCAAGUCCAGAAGCGAGUAAUGAUUCAGUACCUAAGGGCCUUCGAAUUGACACAAGUUGCGGUAGCGGCAACCUUGACCAACAUCACGUGCAAGAGGCCGCCACGAAUCUCGGCUCGCCAGUAAACAUUCGGCCCCAGCAUCUGAACUCCGCCACCACUCCCACUUCAUUCCCGUCUAGUCUGAACACUUACGAAACCUCCACGCCACCAACGACCUUGGACAUGAACCACCAACGAGGCACUCUGCCUCUGUCUCUCGCAAUGCCGCAGAAUUCACCGUAUUACAUCAGUCACCAAGGGAUGUACGAGAAUCAGCAGCUAUCGCACCCGCAUUCUGCUCAUCCUGGCCGACCUAACCAACAGCCAUCGAUGCAAGAUCAAUGUCAUUAUGGGCCUUCAAGUUCACCGCAGCUUCACAUGCAUUCAUUGUCCGCACCGCCUUACGGACCGCCAACUCAAAAUGGGUUUUCGAUUCCCUAUACCCCUUCCUCCAUCGCCUCUAGCUCCGUUCGGUCCGUUUCUCCCGCCAGUACGGCUGCCACCAGCGCCCAACCUUUGGAUUUCUCUGCCUAUGCUUCCCCAGUAGGAGAACAUGACACUGGCGCAGGUGAAUGCAUCGUGCCUGUCCCAUCACUAUCAACAUUAACCUUUGUGAAUGGUUCACCUCAUUCUUCCGCAGUCUCCGUACAUCUUUCUGCAACGCAUCAAUCAAACUCAUUGGUGACCAGCGGUCAUUCACAUCCGUCGAUUGCUCGAUCUUCCACGGUGGCACCGCGCCCGGGUAAUAAUCAUACUGGGUCUCCUAUCAGGCGACGUGCAAACAAGCAACGGUUAGACGAUGCGCGCCGAAAGGAAAUCUGUUCUUAUGCUCGCGAUCGGCCAAAAGCAAGGCAGGAAGAUAUUGCGAUCAAGUAUGGUGUGGAGCGCAGUACUAUUAGCAAGAUCCUCAAACACAAAGACAAAUGGUUAUCUUUGGACACGAACCCGAGGAAAUCCAUACCGGUGAAGCAUAGCCCUCCUGUAUGCAUUAGACCUUCCAAAUUCCCUGAAAUCGAGACCGAGCUACUCAAGUGGGUCAGGCAGUGCCAGGAGAAUGGUACCAAUAUUACCGAUACCCGCAUCAAGGCCAAGGCCAAGGAGUGUGCUGCGGAAAUCGGUUUGCCGGAGGGAAAGUUCAAAGCGUCGAGCGGGUGGAUUGAGAAUUUUAAGCUUCGCAAUAGCCUCACACGGCGGUCCCAGGAUGAGCGAGACCCAUCCCCUCAGCAUGAAUCAGGUGAAGACCUCGAGCAGAUGGACGAAGAUGAAACCAUGCCAACAUCGGCCUCUCAGACAACACAGCUCGAGGACAGCGAUAGCCACAACGCCGAUAGAGUUGAACAGAAUUCAUUCAAUUCUAUGACAACUGUCUCAACUGACCUGGACCAUGGUCUGAUGUCUCAGGACAACUCGUUCUCAACAUUCUCGACUGACCCAAUGUCCAACGCUACUCAGGACCUCAGCGCAUUUCAGUCAAACACCCCUCUGUCUUCUGCCGUUUCUUCAUUUGCUUCCUCUCCGUCCGCGACGCGACCCCAACGCGCGCUGAAUGACGGUGGUCUGAGAUCCCGGGCACACUCGCACUCGGUUGCCAUGAGGGCCGUGGGGCCGGCAAGCUCACCUCAAGUUGGUGUUUGUUCGAUUCAGCCGAUGUCUCCAGUGAGACUUGACAUGAGGUUUGCUGGCACUCCUACGAGCGCCGCCAUUCCUCGUUUCCCCAGCCCCUUGUCUGCGUCUACUUCGGUAUCUGGCAACGGAUUGGCUAUGGCUCAUAACGCUCGAUACUCCCCUAUAUCUCAAAAGCACUCGCGUCACCCAAGUGAUGCUUCUGCGUUCAGUUAUGAUGUUGCAUCGCAAGCGUCCACGGACAUAUCUAGUAUUGGGUCUUCGUUAUUCGAUGCUCCAUCACCUCAUCAGACGCUUGAAGCCCUUGACAUGGUCCUCAAGUACCUCGAGCAACCGCAGACCGCUGGAAUCGCUUCUCAAUUGGAUUGUAGGACCUUUAUUGCGGUCAGGGACCGACUGGCAGAGCGCCUUGUUCAAUCUCUACCUGCGUCAUCCGACUCGGAACCUCUCGGUCUCGACGGCGGCCUAGCCUGA